AUGGGCCCCUGUACCGCCUCCUCAUGCUGCUGCCAGGCCCGUAAUCUGCCAUGGGCCCCCGUACCGACUCCUCAUGCUGCUGCCAGGCCCGUAAUCUGUCAUGGGCCCCUGUACCGCCUCCUCAUGCUGCUGCCAGGUCCAGAGUGUGUCAUGGGUCCCUGUACGGCCUCCCAUUGCUGCUGUCUCCAUCUCCACACUCUGCCAUGUGCCACUUUCAGGUCUCCUCACACUGCUAAUGGGUUCCAUUUUUUCAUAGGGUGCUGUAUGGCCUCCCAUUGCUGCUGCCUCCACCGCCACACUGUGGCUCCACACUCUGGUUUUGGCCCCGUGACUGCCCAAAUGAGUGAAGUGUGCGGUGAUUCUAAGAUCGACGGCACUCAUCUGCAUGUCAUACUGACUGACAGUAUUAUUUCUCUUCCCCAGCAGACUCCAAGGGCAUUUAAAUUAAAGGUACAGUGUUCUGCACUAAUAUAA